AUGGCACCCGACAGCGAUUCUAAGGUAGAUACUACUUCUGGGGAAGAAAACAAUGACGCUGUUGCAUCUGAAACUGUGCCGCUUGAGCAAUACAACAUGCUUGUAGACAAGCUGGAGUCUAUCGAAAAGAGAAUAUCUGAAAUGGAUCAGGGAAUUCUUCCAAGGUACCUCGGCAAGGAUGAAAAUAAGUUUGACCAAGAAGAGGUGAAUGACCUACAAUACUUUCUUGAUUAUAUGAGAUCACGGGCAGCAUUACGUCUGCAACAAAGGGAAGAAAUUGGGCCCAUCCCUGUCGAAGCAGUCCCUCUUAAGAAUGACCCCAGUGCCACAACGGAAAAAGAGGACGGAAUACUAGCGACUCAACUCAUCCUUAAUGGAUCCAAGGUGAAGCCAAGCUACUUAUCCUGGGUUGAGUUCAAAAAAUUCCAAAGAGACGGCCGUAAACAACUUCUAGAACCAAUCCAUGUCUUGAUUGGAGAACCUGAACUUGACCCGGUCACCAAUUUUAAUGUCAAAAAGGAGAAGAAGCAAGUCGCGAUCGGUCAUCAAACUCCCGUUGUGGUAGGCAACAUGAAAGAUUCAGCCAGAUCGGGUCGAAAACCACUUCCGGAGCGCAUUCGAAUCACUCCCGAGUCAUUAUUAACUUCUCUCAACCAAUACUUCGAUACUUAUAUGCCGGUGAUGCUAUCUGGAGUUAUAUUUCUCCGUCCAUUCAAGUCGCUAGUUUGUUAUGAGCCAAAGCUCCGUGAACACAGCUCGACGCUACGAGAAAGAAUCGUGGCCCGCGUUCAAGAAGAAAGAAGACUAGACUCUCCUACGGAAACAUUAACGGAUCAGGGCUCAUCCAGCGAAAGUGCUGCGGAUAAGGUGCGGAGCGAGGCCUUGGGGCCCAACGAGUCAAUAGGGGUUACCGAUACAGAUGGGAGUAACGACGAGCUACAUCUAGAGUCAAUAAGACUAUUGCACUUGGAAUGUCUUCUGGAUUUCUUUGACACUGAUAUUCGACCGAAAUUGGACUAUAUCGCUGGAGACGAGUGCCAGAAAAUUUUAUUUGAUGAUCUAUGGCACCUCUUCAAGCCGGGGACUGUUGUUCUUGAACAGGGAGAAAAACAAGCCUACAGAUUGAUUCGCGUUGUUACUCCUACCCAUAUGGCCAUUCCGACAUGGGCUCGGUGGUUAAGGAAAUCCGAGGAAGAGUCCUCAGAACAACCACUGAAAUUAGAAUGUGUGUACAUAGACUUUGACGGAAAGCAAUUCGGGCCAGUAUCGAAGACUUUCAAAAUUUCUCGAUACGAGGAAGAGAAACCGAUCAAGUCUCUACCAGUAUAUCCUCUCCGUUUUAGUGCGGACCAAGGGAUUCGUGAUCGACUAAUUGAUCGAAGUAAAAUGUUGCUACAUGUGGCAACAUAUAAGCCAAUGUACUAUAUGGGUUUCACCCUAGAUACCAGAGAGGAGGUCGACAGUCAAGUCGUCGUUGAUUUUAAUGAGGCACUCUCUGUCCAUCAAGAUUGGAAGCCCGAAAUAUCACUAGUAUCUACUGAAAGCAAAGAAGAAGAAGAGCUUCAGUGCGAAGCAACUUGCUGUGCAGCAGAGAGUGUCCAUAGUGAUUCUUAUGUGGACAAGAGGCUUACUGAGGCUUUCGUCCAGAGUCUACUCCCACAACGAGCGUCGGAGCAACCCUCUCUCAUUAUUUACCCCCGAUCCUGGCAAGAGAUGGUUAAUGCUGCAUACAAGCCUACUGAGGAUGAGCGGAUCAUCAUGACAUAUCGUGUCUUUGGUUUCGUGCUUAGGAGUCGCAAAUGGGCGCAGUUAGACCUUACACAUUUGCGAUACGAGAACGAGCAGAAUAGAGAUAAUAUCAAGACUGCCUUCGAUCAACUUGUACUCCCUCCAGGCCAUAAAGACAUGGUAGAGGCUUUGGUCACACAACACUUUCAGGACAGGGAAGCAGCACAAAGGGGCAACGGACAAACUGACCUUGUCCGUGGUAAAGGAAAGGGGUUGAUAGUUCUUCUACAUGGCGCUCCAGGAGUUGGCAAAACAACAACAGCAGAGGGUGUUGCAGAGCAUUUUGAGAAGCCAUUAUUUCAAAUUACCUGUGGUGAUCUUGGUACCACUCCAACAGAUGUACAAGUGGAGUUAGAAAAGAACUUCUCACUUGCUAGCAAAUGGGGUUGUAUUCUUCUUCUAGAUGAGGCAGACGUAUUUCUUGCACAGCGUGAGCGCAAGGAUCUCGUCCGGAACGCUCUAGUAGCAAUUUUCCUUCGAAUUCUGGAAUACUAUACCGGUAUUCUAUUCCUCACCACAAACCGUGUUGGCGAUUUCGACGAAGCCUUUGCCUCACGUAUUCACAUUAGUCUGCACUAUCCGGCCCUUGAUGAACAGAAAACAGUAAAGGUUUUUGAGCUCAAUCUCGGGCUUAUCAAGGAUAGAUUCAAGCGACAAGGGCAAGAAUUUAAUGUUGACGAUGACGCUGUCUUUGAGUUCGCUAAAUUGCAUUACAACGAGCAUAAACAAGGACGGUGGAACGGAAGACAGAUUAGAAAUGCCUGUCAAACAGCCCUAGCACUUGCACAAUAUGACUCCAGGAAGGACAACCAACCCGUAUUCCUGAAGCAAAAGCAUUUCAAGAAGGUGCAGACGGCAUAUCUUGAUUUCUCGAUGUACCUUGGCGAAAUAUACGGCAUCACGGGCAGUGAACGAGCGAAGGAGAACCACAUUCGAGCAGGAGAUAAUUAUGGGCACAACGAGCCUGGAAAGCUCGCUUCACGAGCUGAGAAGGCUUCCCGAAGUUUUAAUACUGAACAGCACAGCUCCCGGCCGACUACUUCAAGUAUUAACACGCCCAACCAAAUGACCGGGCAACUGGCGCAGCAAUACACAUCACCACCAAAUAUGGGGCCCUCUAUUAACACUGGGUACCAGGGGGUGCCAGUUCAACAAUAUGGACAGCAUAUGUACAACCAACCAACAGGAAUCCCAUCAUCACAGAUGCCACCCGAUAUCCAGGGGCAGACCAUGCAGCAACUGCAACAAGGAUGGCCCGGAGGGCCCCUUACGGCCCAACCACAGACUCAGUAUUCUCACCCGCAGCAGCAACAGCAGUACUCCCAGCAGCUUGGAUUUAAUCCUCAGAGUUCCCAGCAAAACUCAGAACCCACUGUUGGCGGCGGGACAAAUACAGGAGGUAUGACAUCUAGGUAG